AUGAAACAUCUGUUGUGUCUGUUAAUAAUAAUAGUCUUCUUAUCCAUGCUAGUCUUGACAAUAUACAGGUCUCUUGAGGAGAACCGGGGUGAAUCCAGCCUAAAUUCAGAACAUAUGGAAAUGCAAAAGAACCAGACAACCAUUCAGGAGUUUCUCUUGGUAGGCUUGACCAGCUCUCCUGAACAUCAGAUGGUCAUCUUCGGAGGAUUCACUUUUAUUUACACAGCUGCUUUGGCGGUUAAUUUUCUCUUCAUCUUUACUAUUGGAAGUUGCAGCAAGCUCCAUACCCCAAUGUAUUUCCUGCUCAUCAAUCUGUCCCUAGCAAAUAUGCUGUGUAUCUCGGUGACUAUUCCCAACAUGUUGCGGACUUCAUUGGUCCACAGGAAGACCAUCUCCUUUUGGGGCUGCAUGGCCCAGGUCUACCUUUUACUCUGGGCUCUGGGGACAGAACUCUUACUCCUCUCAUUUAUGGCCUUUGAUCGCUAUGCUGCCAUCUGCCAUCCUUUGCAGUACACAGUCAUCAUGAGGAAGGAAGCAUACGUUGGGGUGGUAGCCGGGGUGUGGAUGGCUGGAUCUGUUAAUUCUGCAGUUCAUGUGGGACUUCUGCUGCGGCUCUCCUUCUGUGGCUCCAAUGUCAUCAACCAUUUCUUUUGUGACCUGCCUCCACUGCUGUCACUCUCUUGCUCAGAUGUUAGCCUCAAUGAGACCAUGGCUUACAUAUCCGAUGCAGUCUUCUCCAUGGGCAGCUGCAUGCUGACAUUAGCCUCAUACUCAUUCAUUCUGUCAACCAUAUUUAGAAUUCGAUCUACUGAAGGGAAAAAGAAAGCCUUCUCUACUUGUUCUUCACACCUCCUGGUGGUCAGCUUUUACUUUUCCACCAUAAUCUAUACAUAUAUCAGACCCACCUCAGUCUAUUCUCAACAAGAAGACAAGGUGAUUGCUAUACUUUAUUCAGUAGUGACACCUCUGCUCAAUCCACUCAUAUAUUCCCUAAGGAAUAAAGAAGUUAAAGAUGCACUGAAGAAGCUUACACAUAAAUACACAAUAAGAAUCAAUGUAAGGUAG